AUGCCGGCUCCGGCAGAGCGCGUCGGCGCGCAGCUUCACAACGGCAGCGGCCCAAGCACAUCAGCUUCCAAGCUGUCAACGGCUGGUCCGGAGAGCUUCACGGCGUCUUCUGCGUCGUCCGCAUCAGAGCCUCCCUUCUCUUCCGUCAGCCCCGAGGAGGUCGCACACUUCAAUGCCCUCGCCUCCUCGUGGUGGGACCCGUUUGGCCCGUCGCGUCUGCUGCACCAGAUGAACCCUCUCCGCCACGACUUCAUUCGGGCGUGCAUCCGCGACGCAGCCUUCUUCUCACCCGCCACCACCUCCGCCCAGCCCAUGGACGACCUCCUGCCACGCACGUUUCUCGACAUUGGCUGCGGCGGCGGCAUCUUUGCGGAGAGCGCCGCCCGCCUGCCCACGACCACCUCCGUCACCGCCAUUGACCCGUCCGCCGAGGUGCUCGCCGUCGCCCGGGCCCAUGCCCGCCGCGACCCCGUCGUGUUUGAGCGGCUGCAGUACCGGCAGAUGUCGGUGGAGGACCUGGCGGCCGCCGAGACCGCCGAGGCCGCAAGCCAGCCGUACGACAUCGUCACGCUGUUUGAGGUCCUCGAGCACGUCGCCACCGACCCGGGCGCGUUCCUCGACCGCUGCGGCCGCCUCCUCAAGCCGGGCGGCUGGCUCGUCUUGAGCACCAUGGCGCGCACCUGGACGAGCUGGCUGACGACCGUCGUCGCCGCCGAGGACGUGCUGGGCAUCGUGCCGCGCGGCACGCACGACUGGAACAAGUACAUCAAUGCAGCCGAGCUCGAGGCCUUUUUUGCCCCGGGGGCCCCGGCGUACACGACGGCGACAUGGCAGAAUGCCCGGUUCCAGGGCGUUGCCUAUGUGCCUGGUCUGGGCUGGAAGGUCGUCCCUGGCGGCGAGAAGCUGGGCAACUAUUUCUUUGCCAUUCAAAAGGCCGAUACGUCCUGA